GUUGCUUUUCAUUUUGGCAUAACACAGUACGAAAGAGAGAAAGGUACUAGCAAAAAUAGAUAGAGCGGUUUUGCAGAAAAUCCAAGUGAAUUUAAGAAGGAAAAGGAGGCACCACACAACAACUAUACUAUUCUAUUUUGUAGUGGCUGUUUGUUUUUUCGUGUUUGCAUUCACUGUGACACAAAAAGCUCUUUGUUCAAUCUCUUUCACUGUCUCGAGAUUGGUGAGUAACAAGAUAAAAGGUCACAAUAGCAACCCCAUCUCUUUCGUUCUUCAAACUCUCUUCCAAGUUUCGAUUUUUCAGUAUCUUCUGAUGAAGGAGAGUGAAGGCUCUCUUGGGGAAGAGGGCCAACCAGAGACUAACACCAAAGAAGAAGAGGGCCCAAAACAAGUUUCUUUCUGAAAUCCCAUUUUCCAUUUUCACUUUGUUGUUAUGGCACUUUCUAUGCACACAGAUUCUUCAUCAAAUAAGCACAUGGAUUCUAGCAAGUAUGUGAGGUAUACACCUGAACAAGUGGAAGCUUUGGAGAGAGUGUAUGCUGAAUGUCCCAAGCCAUGUUCUUCUAGAAGGCAACAACUCGUUAGGGAGUGCCCCAUCCUUGCUAAUAUUGAACCAAAACAGAUCAAAGUGUGGUUUCAGAAUCGCAGAUGUCGGGAAAAGCAGCGAAAGGAAGCCUCUCGUCUGCAGACAGUUAAUAGAAAGCUGACUGCAAUGAAUAAGUUGUUGAUGGAAGAGAAUGACCGUCUGCAGAAACAGGUCUCACAGUUGGUUUAUGAAAAUGGAUACAUGAAACAACAAAUACAGACUGCAUCUACUACUACAGACAAUAGCUGUGAGUCUGUAGUAAUGAGUGGUCAGAAUCAACAGCAAAACCCAAAAAUGUCCCACCCCCAGUGGGAUGCCAACAAUCCAGCUGGUCUUCUCUCAAUUGCUGAGGAGACCCUGACAGAGUUCCUUUCCAAAGCUACUGGAACUGCUGUCAACUGGGUCCAAAUGAUUGGGAUGAAGCCUGGUCCGGAUUCUAUUGGAAUCAUCGCUGUUUCCCGCAACUGUAGUGGGAUAGCAGCAAGAGCCUGUGGCCUUGUGAGCCUAGAUCCCACGAAGGUAGCCGAGAUUCUUAAAGAUCGCCCAUCUUGGUAUCGUGACUGUCGAUGCCUCAAUGUAUUGAGCAUAGUCCCCACAGGAAAUGGGGGUACAAUAGAGCUCAUGUACAUGCAGACUUAUGCACCUACAACAUUGGCAGCAGCAAGAGAUUUCUGGACAAUAAGAUACACUACAAGUUUAGAAGAUGGAAGUCUUGUGAUUUGUGAGAGAUCCUUGACUUCCUCAACUGGUGGCCCCUCAGGGCCUUCUGCAUCAAACUUCGUAAGAGCUGAAAUGCUUCCUAGUGGCUAUCUAAUUAGAUCCUGUGAUGGUGGUGGAUCUAUUGUUCACAUUGUUGAUCACGUUGAUUUAGAUGUUUGGAGUGUUCCUGAAGUACUGAGGCCACUCUAUGAAUCAUCAAAAUUCUUGGCUCAGAAAUUGACUACUGCUGCCCUGCGACAUGUGAGACAAAUUGCUCAAGAAUCAAGUGGAGAAGUUCAUUAUGGUGGGGGUCGUCAGCCUGCUGUGUUGAGGACAUUUAGUCAGAAACUUUGCAGAGGGUUCAAUGAUGCUGUCAAUGGAUUUGUGGAUGAUGGUUGGUCCCUGAUAAGUAAUGAUGGGGUGGAAGAUGUGACCUUAGCCAUAAACUCUUCUCUUAACAAGUUUUUUGGCUCCCAUUACAAUUCAUCAAUGCUUCCAGCCUUUGGAGGUGGGGUCCUGUGUGCCAAGGCAUCGAUGCUGUUGCAGAAUGUUCCUCCCCCAUUGCUUGUUCGUUUUUUGAGGGAGCAUCGUUCAGAGUGGGCUGAUUAUGGGGUUGAUGCAUACUCUGCAGCUUGUCAUAAGGCUAGUCCUUAUGCAGUUCCUUGUGCUAGACCCAGUGGCUUCCCCAGCAGCCAGGUCAUUUUACCACUGGCUCAUACUAUUGAGCAUGAGGAGUUCUUGGAGGUAGUUCGUAUUGAGGGUCAUGCAUUUUCUCCUGAAGAUGUGACUUCGGCACGUGAUAUGUUUCUACUGCAGCUGUGCAGUGGAGUUGAUGAAAAUGCUAUUGGAGCAUGUGCACAGCUUGUGUUUGCGCCUAUUGAUGAAUCAUUUGCGGAUGACGCUCUCUCACUGCCUUCUGGUUUCCGUGUCAUACCGUUGGAUACAAAAGCAGAUGGUCCAGCUUCAAGUAGAACAUUGGAUUUAGCAUCAUCGCUGGAAAUAGGAUCUGGUAAUACUCGUCCAGCUGGUGAAGGUGAUUUGAAUGACUACAAUAUUAGAUCAGUCCUUACAAUUGCAUUCCAAUUUACCUUUGAGAACCAUUUGCGGGACAAUGUGGCUGUUAUGGCCCGCCAAUAUGUGCGUAGUGUUGUGCGGUCUGUUCAGAGGGUUGCCAUGGCAAUUGCUCCCUCUCGACUCAGUACCCAGUUGGGGCCAAAAUCACUUCCUGGUCCACCAGAGGCUCUUACUUUAGCCCGAUGGAUCUGUACAAGCUACAGGAUCCUCACCUGCACAGAGCUUUUUCGAGUAGAGUCCACAGCUGGUGAUGCAAUCUUGAAGCAACUUUGGCACCAUUCAGAUGCAAUAUUGUGUUGUUCUGUUAAGACAAAUGCAUCUCCAGUGUUCACCUUUGCAAACCAAGCUGGACUCGACAUGCUUGAAACCACCCUAGUUGCCCUUCAAGAUAUAAUGCUUGAUAAAGUUCUUGAUGAAGCUGGAAGAAAGAUUCUCUGCAUUGAGUUCUCCAAAAUAAUGCAACAGGGGUUUGCAUAUCUGCCAGCAGGAAUGUGUGUGUCCAGUAUGAAUAGACCAGUGUCCUAUGAGCAAGCAAUUGCAUGGAAAGUUUUGGAUGAUGAUGAUUCCAAUCACUGCUUAGCCUUCAUGUUCAUGAAUUGGUCGUUUGUCUAAUGGAGAAAAUCAUCAUUGUUAAUGCUUAUGUCUAUUAAUUUAUGUUCAGUACUUUAUUACUGUCAGAUACUGUACGCAGACAAAUGUAACUAAUGUCUGGAUUCCAUGAAUGCAUGGUUGCGUGUGCCGUCAGCUUUACUUUAUGCUUUUUUCCAGUGUGUACCUUUCUCAUUAUAAAUUCCCUUUUAACCAUCAGCUGUUUGUUUUAUAUCAAGGAUCAAAUCCUCACCAUUACGCACACAUUUUAGUGUAAAAUGUGAC